AUGGCGCUCCAAAAUGUGGUUGCAACGGUGGCCUCAGUCGCCUUGAGGAUAUCUUCCAUCAUUUUCUUUCGCCUCUUUCCUGCCCAUUUCCCCUCCAUCACGUUUGCCCUGUUUGCGAUCCACGCGCCAGCCUUCCUCGCCAGCUGUUUCGCCAAACCUGAGCUCGAGGUCGUCGACGACCGGGUCCAGGUGGCCGUCAAGGAAACUAAGGUCUCCUCUGAGACUCCGCUGUUAACAGAAGAUGGCGUUGCCCUCGAGCCUGAACCGGAGACGGUUACCGAAGAGGUUGCCGUCAAGGAGAGAAUCAUUCUGGCUGAAAAGACCACAAGUCCAUGGAGGAUACUUUUAUACGGCGCGCCGGGUGCCGGGCGGCCGAUACUCUCUGCCAUGACAUUUCUCAUCAACGUGCUUCUCGUCGGAUUGACUAUUGACGCUCUAUAUCGAUCACGAUGGUACCACCAAGCUCAAGAUCUAUCAUUCGUCCGUCUCGGAUACGUCGAUUCAACCGAGGCCAAGUUUUUGAUUCGAGAACCCGAUCAAGCCAAGAUGCCCGUCACUCUGGACAUCCGCAUCAAGGAACCCCAGCCUCCUUUCGACAAUCCGUUGUGGCAGACCGCCGGGGGGGUGCGGUGGACUUCAAACACUACAGACUUUACGGCCACGAUCCUGGUUCCCCUGAUGCUUUCUGAGCAACGGCGAUACGAGUGGAGGACUUCAAACAACCACACGGGAGAAUUCCUUUCUCCGCCCAACCCAGGCUCCAUGCCCAAGUACAACGACGGAAAAUUCACCUUCAUCUCGACCUCGUGUAUCUUGCCUCGUUUCCCGUAUAAUCCGCUUGACCACGCACUCGCCAUUCCCGGCCUGCGUCACUUGGCGACGAAACUCCCUGACCUCGGAGCUCAGUUCAUGUUGUUUUUGGGAGACUUUAUCUAUGUUGACGUUCCGGAGCGAUUUGGAAAAUCGGCUGAGGAAUAUCGAAUGCAGUAUCGCCAGGUUUACGCCUCUCCCGAUUGGGCUCCCGUAGGCCAAAACCUCAGCUGGAUACACGUCCUCGACGACCAUGAGAUUUCCAAUGACUGGUCGUCCAAUUCCACGGGUGUCUACAAAGCAGCUGUUGACCCUUGGCACAUUUAUCAAGCUGAUGUCAACCCUCCUGUCGCCCUCAAGGCCGGCAGCAAGAAUCAGCGACGUACCGGGGCAACCUGCAACAGCAAGCCUUUUGACGAGUUGGAGAAGACGAUGCUCGGCGAGGAACAGCUGACGGAUUUCCUGGCCUGGUUGGCACGACCGGAGCCCAAGGGGAACUGGCCUGUCAACGUCAAGGACACCUGGGGCGGAUUCCUCGUCGAGCGGAAAAGAAUCCUGGAAGCCAUGUGGGAAGCUGGCGCGCGCGGCACCACCGUGGUCAUCCUCUCGGGCGACCGACACGAAUUCGCAGCCACCAAGUUUCCGCCUCCGCCCGAGUCUCGAUGGCCAGAGACUGCGGCUGCGUUCGAGUUCUCUACGAGCCCGCUGAACCAGUUUGCAUCGCCUAUCCCCACUUACAAGCAACAGGAUGAAGAGGAUAUCAUGCUCAAAUACAUCCCUUCCGGCACGUCAAAGUUUGGAACAUUUACCAUGGAGCAGAUUGCUAGUGGAAGCACGCUGGAAUACCGCCUCUUCAUUGAUGGCCAGGAGCAGUGGCGCACGGAGCUUGUCGAGGCCCCUGUAGUCGCAGGCUUCAGCUCUGGCGGGUCUUUCUGGGAUAAGAUCGGGCUCUUUGGCUCAUGA